UCGUCAGACCCCACAAGAAUGAAGGCUCUUGGCGUGCUGUUCUUGCUGUCGGCGGUGGCUGCCAUUGCUGCUAUCUCACCUCGUGCAUUAUGGGAGUUCCGCAGCAUGAUCAAAUGCACCAUCCCAGACAGCAGCCCUCUGCUCGAGUUUAAUGGCUACGGCUGCUACUGCGGCUUGGGAGGCAGUGGGACACCUGUGGAUGAACUGGACAGGUGCUGUCAAACACACGAUGAAUGCUACACCAAGGCACAGUCGGUGUGUGCCGCCUCCAACGAUACCCCCUACACAAAGACAUACAAAUACUCUUGCGAGAACAAGAAGAUCACGUGUAGCAGUGCCAACAACGAGUGCGAGUUGCUCGUCUGUAACUGCGACCGCACGGCCGCCAUGUGCUUCGCCAAGGCACCGUAUAACAGCGCUAACCUCCACCUGGACAAGACCAAAUACUGCAGUUAAAUGCAGCGCGGCUGCCGCCAAUAAAAGCCUCGCACCACA